AUGAGUUCUCACGAUGGUGAAACACUUUCCUCAUGUCCUUCACCAAAGAAUUUGUCAGAGAACACCCCAACGGACCAGACCGACCAAAUAAGUGAAGACAAUUCUGACACAUCAGACAAUCUUGUCGAGUCGGAAGAGGAAGAACACAAUGAAAGUUGUCCACUUCAAAAAGAGGCAGUUAAUCCCCCUAAAGGUGGGUUCGACUAUAAGACACAGUACGGUGAGAAAGUCGAGGAGUGUGUUGAGUUGCACAAUACGGUGGCUGUGAUGAAAGCAAAAAUAGAAGACAUGGAGACCAAAAUAGCGGACCAGCAAGAGAUCAUCGAGAAGAUGAUCAUCAUCAACGAACAGAUAAUGCACGACAAAGAGGUGGUUCUGAGUGCAUUACAGAAAGUGAACGACGAACGAGUGAACAUCGAGAACGAGUUAAAUGAGAUGAAGAAGAACUUGAAUAGUGCGAUAGAUGUCAAUUUGAGUUACACGACUCCUUCGAAGGACGUGAAAGUGGUCAACAUCUCCUUCGACAAGUAUUUGUUUGUGAAGUACAACACGUCCAGACCAUUUGGCGUCAUUUGUUUGUUCAACGAACAAAAGCAGUGUAAGGUGAUCAGCAACUUCACUGAGAAAAAGAGUGAAAUAUCAUUAGAAGAGUACUAUUACUAUGAACCAAAUGGACGGGGAAAUGCAUUGAAAGUGAAAGAGGGAGAACAAAUAGUUUCGUUAACUACCGAUCGUAAUGAUAUUAUUACUGUUGGGACACUCCCACCAUUGUAUGAUCGAUUCCAUAAGGUUUCUCUGAGUAAUUCGUUUUUAAUUGGUAAGAAAGAGUAUUAUAUCACUGUUGUAGACUUAGGCACAGUCGAUAAAAGUAAACCAGUCUUAGAAACUAAAGCCUUUGGCGUUAUUCUUGAGACUGAAUUGAAAGAGAAAAAGCCUGGGAUGGUCGAUUUGUUCGACGACUAUUUAGACCUCUUCAGACAAAUUAAUAGGGGCGUUUUAAUUCUUUAUGUGGCAUCCACUAAUGUCCCUGUCGACGUGUUCAGAACUAACACAAGAGAAACAGUGACAAAACCUACAAAAGCACCACCAGGAGGAAUCAUGUAUAUCGAAUCUAAGAUACUAAAAAUAGAGAAGUAUAAUAUCCCUUUCUUGUUCCCUGUCCCGUAUCGAGAAGAUAGAAAUUAUUCAGUGACAUUCUUCACAUCACCCUUUGAAGACAAGUUCCAUAUCAUUGACGUAGUGUAA